GCCCGCCGCGCCGCCCUCAGUACAGCUCCGGCCGCCGCGCCGCCUGGCUCUCGUAUUCCUUGUUCUCCGCGGGCUCUGGGGGCUCCGCGCUGCGGCCGUUAGUCAUGUCGGAUUCUGGAAGUUACGGUCAGUCUGGGGGUGAGCAGCAAAGUUAUUCUUCCUAUGGAAAUCAAGGCAACCAAGGUUAUGGACAGGCACCACAAAGCUAUUCUGGCUAUGGACAAACUACUGAUUCCUCAUAUGGACAGAACUAUGGCGGCUACUCUAACUAUGGACAAAACCAAUCAGGCUACUCACAGUCGUGCGGUGGCUAUGAGAACCAAAAGCAGAGCUCGUAUGGCCAGCAGCCGUACAAUAACCAGGGAUCGCAGAGCACGGAGUCAUCAGGAGGCCAAGGUGGAAGAGCACCUUCAUAUGACCAGUCAGACUAUGGUCAACAAGAUUCCUAUGACCAGCAGUCAGGCUAUGAUCAACAUCAAGGUUCAUAUGAAGAGCAGUCAAAUUAUGGUCCGCAGCAUGAUUCCUAUAAUCAAAAUCAGCAGUCCUAUCAUUCACAAAGGGAGAAUUACAGCCACCACACACAAGAUGACCGUCGUGAUGUGAGUAGGUAUGGAGAAGAUAAUAGAGGAUAUGGCGGGUCACAGGGAGGAGGUAGAGGGCGUGGGGGAUAUGACAAGGAUGGAAGAGGUCCUAUGACAGGAUCAAGCCUCCCUUUCACCUCAAACAGAAUCCCUAACAAGAUAACCAACAGUGGUGGUGACCGCGGUGGCUUCAAAAAUUUUGGUGGUCACAGGGAUUAUGGACCCAGACCAGAUGCUGAUUCAGAAUCUGAUAAUUCAGAUAACAACACAAUCUUUGUGCAAGGACUUGGGGAGGGUGUGUCUACAGAUCAAGUGGGGGAGUUCUUUAAGCAAAUAGGAAUUAUCAAGACAAAUAAGAAGACUGGAAAACCAAUGAUAAAUCUGUAUACAGACAAGGACACAGGGAAGCCCAAAGGAGAGGCAACAGUGUCAUUUGAUGACCCUCCUUCAGCUAAGGCAGCCAUUGACUGGUUUGAUGGAAAAGAAUUCCAUGGCAACAUCAUUAAAGUGUCCUUUGCUACCAGAAGACCUGAAUUCAUGAGAGGAGGUGGAAGCGGAGGUGGGCGGCGAGGCCGUGGAGGAUACAGAGGCCGUGGAGGCUUUCAAGGGAGAGGUGGAGACCCCAAAAGUGGGGACUGGGUUUGCCCUAAUCCGUCAUGUGGAAAUAUGAACUUUGCUCGAAGGAAUUCCUGCAACCAGUGUAAUGAGCCCAGACCAGAGGACUCUCGUCCCUCAGGAGGAGAUUUCCGAGGAAGAGGCUAUGGUGGAGAGAGGGGCUAUAGAGGUCGUGGGGGCAGAGGUGGAGACCGAGGUGGCUAUGGAGGAGAUCGAAGUGGAGGUGGCUAUGGAGGAGACAGAAGUGGUGGCGGCGGCUACGGAGGAGAUAGAAGUGGGGGUGGCUAUGGUGGAGACAGAAGUGGGGGCGGCUAUGGUGGGGACCGAGGAGGUGGUUAUGGUGGGGACCGAGGCGGCGGCUAUGGAGGAGACCGAGGCGGCGGCUAUGGGGGAGACCGAGGCGGAGGCUAUGGAGACCGAGGAGGUGGCUACGGUGGAGACCGAGGUGGCUACGGUGGAGACCGAGGCGGCUAUGGAGGAGACCGAAGUGGGGGGGGCUAUGGAGGAGACCGUGGCGGCGGUGGCUAUGGUGGAGACCGAAGUGGAGGCUAUGGAGGAGACAGGAGUGGUGGUGGCUAUGGAGGAGACCGAGGUGGCUAUGGAGGCAAAAUGGGAGGACGAAACGACUACAGAAAUGAUCAGCGCAACCGACCAUACUGAUGACUGUUUUGAAUGUUCCUUUGUCUCUGACAUGAUCCAUAGUGAAAGUGCCAGAGUUUUGCCUGCUGCUUUCCUCGUGGCCUCUUCUUGGGUAGUGAAUUUAUGUGACAUUUGGAUUUUUAUUUGGGUGGGAGGGCUGGGACAGUUUUUCUUUUAGAAAUGUCCAUUGAAAUUUCCCCGUUUAGUUUCCAACCUCUCCUUUCCAACCCUUGAAGCUAAGUGCGUUGUAAAAUAUUGCCAAAAUGGAAAGUGUUUUGUAUUACUGCAAUAAAGGCUGCUUGUUUUGUGGA